AUGAACAUGUUGGACUCGGUGGAAGCCGACUUUCUCGCCGAAUUCGAUCUAGAAGAUAUGCGAGCCAUUGAGGAUGGGGACCUUUCAUUAUUCUCUUCAUUAUCAGACGCUACCGCCUAUCGACUUCAAACCGACUUGAACAUGAUGCACUCCAACAACUCCAACUACAAAAACAUGAACGACAUGAAGUUGAAUGUUGUUGUGGAGGAGGAUGAAGACCCACAGGAUCCACAUCGUGAGUUUGAGAGGAGCUUCCUGUUAAUUUAGAGUGAUUAUGAAUUGAAAAUACUGGAUUUUUGGUCAAAAAUUAUAUUAAACAUGAUGGUCAAUGUAUAACUCAAGUUUUUGUAAAAUAUCAGUUUUAAUUGAACCAAAAAUUGUUAGCAAUAGAAAGCCAAGGUUCUUCAGCAUAUUUUAAGCACAAAUUCAACAAAUUUAACUUCCUCUUUCAGACUCCAACACCAAUUCAUCUCCACCAAACAGCACAAACUCGGGCGGCGCCGAAUUCAACGAAACCCCCCAGAAUUCCGCCCAAACCCAAGAGCCAGACAACUCCAAACCUCCAGCACAACCUUUACAAUCUCCAGACGAUGCUCCGGCACCACCACCUUUGGUCGUUUGUCCAAUCGAAGUCGGUAAAACAUCGAUAACGCUGCAGAAGAAUCAGUUGUGCGCCUGCAAGGAGUGCGGAAAGCUGUUCAAGAGCAUUUGGUACCUGAAACAACAUGCUGUGAGACAUAGUAAUGAACGUCCUUUCAAGUGCAACUAUUGUCAGAAGGUGAGGAGGUUUAUAUAUUAUUAUAUCGUUCAAUAUAACCAUCUAUUGUUGGUUAAAUUGAAGGAUAAGUGAGGAAAUUUAAGAAAUAUAGGGGUUUUUGAAGGUGGAUAAGGUUUUAAAGUUAAAAUCGAAUGUUUUUAAAAUAAUUUUGGAUAGUAGCUAGCUAGAAAUGGCAAAGACAGUUAGAAGAAACUAAAAAAUGUGAAGAAAUGACUGAAUUUUUGGAAUUUUCAACGAUUUCCAAGCUUUGAACGAAGUGCCACAAAUUUGUGACACUUCGAUGAAUAAUUUAAACAUUUUUUUUUCUUCAUUGAAGAAAACUGUUUUCCAUUGUUUUACAAGUAUCUUCUACAUUUUGAAUAAGUUUUGUUGAUUCCUUUAUAUAAUUUGAACUUAAUUUAUUAUUUCUUUCACUAAAAACCUUAUUUUAGGCCUUCAAAUUCCGCUCCAACCUCUACCAACACAACUGCCCGGAACGUGUUCGUCAACGCGGCCCAAAUGCGUAAGUGGCUAUUAUUUUUGAUUCAGAAACAUAUAUAUCUGUAUAUAUAUUGAGAUGAUUCUAAAACAUAUUUGCAAGUGUUUAAAGUCCCAUCUGUUUAUGAAGCCAGAUGUUAUUUGAAGCCAGUUUUUGCGGUUUUUAAUAAAACAAAUUAAAUUUUGGAUAUGUUAAAGGGUGUUGAUGAGUUUGCAAAGCAAGAUUAGGACUUGUUUUGUCUUUGCCAUAUUGGGUUUGGCUUCUUUUGAGGAUACGUGAGUGUUCAGGAGGUUUAAAUGGCAUCGAUAUGCUGGAAUUUUGAUUUUUUGAUGUUGUUGUAGGGAAAACUGAUAAUAAUAAUAGUUUUAAGGUGAUAAUAAUAGUUAAAAUUUUUAGACCGAUUAGAGGAAUGCCUGGUGGACCUCCAAAUGGAACAGCGACUCCAAGUUCAAACAAGUAA